UUGGUUCUUUUUUUCCCACAAAAAAACACGCCGUCGUGCCUUCUGUAUAUUUUUUGUAAAAUUUUGUACAAAAUUCGCGUUAAAACUUGAAAAUUAGGCCUUAAGUGUCUUCAGAAAGUGUCAUUUUGCCUCAGUUGAUUGAAAUUCGGUACAAAAUGUACAAGAAUCCUGCUGGUUUUGAGGAUGUUCAAACCUGUCCUUACAAUCCGUGUCAUCAGAUCCUUCCGCAUCGCAUGCAAACUCACUUGGUCAAGUGUGCGAAGCAACAUCCGGAUAUUGUUCUCGUUUUCUGUCCUUUCAAUCGCACUCAUCGCUUGAAACAGGAAGACAUGGAGGCUCACAAGAUCAUCUGUCCCAAUCGCACCAGUUUCGACGAAUACGUGAGCUUGUCAUCACAGGACUCGGAGCUGGCAAAGAAGAACAAGAAGACUUUGGAUCAGAUUUCGUCGAUGGUUUCGACAAAUCCGUUCAUGCAACCGGAAGAGAGCUGGGAUGACUUUGAUGUGCCGACGUACAAUGCACGUCAAGUGGCCAAGGAGAAGAAUGUUUUGAUGACGGCAAGUUGCAUUGGAUUGACUCCCGCUCAACGUCGGCAAUUCUAUGAGCAGGAAAAUCAACGUUUGCGCAAGUUGGAUGAUCUUGAACCGAUCGAGUGAAUUGAAAAUUGAUUUUUUUU